AUGAAGCAUUUGAGCAGUUUAAUUUACAAUCCAAUAAUGUUUAUGUGGCUAAAGGUGAUGGUUAAUGCAAAUUUGCUUCUGUUCUUUGCAAUAAAACUACAGAGGGUUCAGUAUUUUUAAAAAGUAACAUUACAUCUACACUUUCCUUUUGUAUCGGCUAAAGCAAGGCAAAGUGCAGCUAAUUUUGAAAUCAAAGUUAGCAGCAAUAUUGGCUAGACACAUUUUAAUUUAUAAAGUAUUGAUUGGUAAAUAGCUCUUUUUAGAUUUGUUAAGUUUUCGCCAGGCUAUUAUCAAACUAAUUAUUAUUUUCUUAAUUUUGCAAAUAGUCCAUAUUCCAGAAGAGAAUUAAAAGAUUAUAGGUAACUACAUAAAGUAGGAUAUAAUUUAGCUACCUAUUCAGAUGGAUUUAUGCAAGUUUAUUCUUAUGCUGCUAAAUAGUUUGGAGCUUUAAAGACAUCUUUGCUAAGAGAUCAACCCACUUCUAUCAUAACUGCUUGA